AUGUCCUCAUCGCCUCAAGUCGCGGUAGUCACUGGCGCCGCCCAGGGCGUCGGCCUCGCCGUGGCCAAGCUCCUCGCGGCGCGCAAUUACCAAGUUGUCCUGAGCGACAUUGACGUCGCCGCGGGCGAGCAGGCCGUCGUCGACAUCAACGCCUCGCUCGGCAAGCAAGUCGCCCACUUCAUCCCCUGCGAUCUCGCCAAAACCGACGACAUCGACCGCCUCUUCCAGCUCACCACGGACAAGUUCUCGGGCUUCUCUGUCCUCGUCAACAACGCGGGCUUCCUGCGCGCGCCAUUUCUGGCCAUCGACGCCCAGCAAAUCAGCGACACCAUCGCCAUCAACCUGACGGCCACCGUCUACGCGACGCACCAGGCCAUCCGCUUCUGGGAGAGCCACGCAGACACGAUCCAGGACGCCAACGUCGUCAACAUUACUUCUUCGUCGUCUUUCAAGACGUAUGCGAGCAUCGCUGCCUAUGGCGCUGCGAAGGCGGGAGCCGCACAAUUCACGUUUGCUUGCCGCUCGUUUGGCCCCCGGAUCCGCGUCAAUGCCGUUGCGCCCACGGCCAUCGCGACCGCCUUUGACAAGAACACCAUGAUGCGCGUGCCGACGGACAAGUCUGGGCCCGGGUACACGCCCGAAGAGGAGAUGCGCGCCAUGGGCUUGGCGAGGCUGCAGCCGGAGCAGGUAGCCGAGGCGGCGCUGCAGUGCAUAGAUGACCGUGAUAGGUUCGGAAAGGUUGUCUACUUGGACGCUACCGAGGGACAAAGGAUCCAUGCUGGCUUUCUGCCAGAGUAA